AUGUUCCAGCCGUCCGCCAAGCGCUGCUUCACCAUCGAGUCCCUGGUGGCCAAGGACACCCCGCUGAGCCCCGAGGAACCCCUGCGGCCCUCGGCCCUCAAUUAUCCCCCCCCCGCCGCUUCCGACGCUUUCCCCGGCGGUUUCCAAGGGGCCGCCGCCGCCGGUCGGGCUCUGUACGGCGGCACCGAGCUCGUUUUCCCCGAAGCCGUGGGGCACCCGGCUCUACCCGUCGCUCCGCAUCAGCUCGGAGCAUCGCCUCUCCCGCACCCUCACUCCUUCUUCGGACCGCAGCAUCGCGACCCGCUCAACUUCUACCCCUGGGUCCUGCGCAACCGCUUCUUCGGGCACCGCUUCCAAGGGAGCGAAGUAUCCCAGGAGAGCCUCCUCCUGCACGGCCCCUUCGCCCGCAAACCCAAACGCAUCCGCACCGCCUUCUCCCCAUCCCAGCUGCUGAGGUUGGAAAGGGCCUUCGAGAAGAACCAUUACGUGGUGGGCGCCGAACGCAAGCAGCUGGCCAGCAGCCUCAGCCUCUCCGAGACCCAGGUGAAAGUGUGGUUCCAGAACCGGCGGACGAAAUACAAACGGCAGAAACUGGAGGAGGAAGGGCCGGAUUCGGAGCAGAAGAAAAAAGGUUCCCAUCACAUCAACCGAUGGCGCCUCGCCACCAAGCAGUCGAGCGGAGAAGACAUCGACGUCACCUCCAACGACUAAGGCAGGGACAGGCUCCUGGUGCAGCCGCCAUGCAGAGGAACCCGGGGGACGACGCGGGGACGCGCGCGGCAUCACCCAUCGA